CGAGCAGACGACCUUCCUCGCCUCCUCUGCUCUGUCAAGCUUCUCGCGCGCGCGUUCUCUCUCUCUCCAUCCACUUCUUGAUCGAGAGACGGCAAUGGCGAAGGGCGGGCUGAGCAAGCUCAAGUGCAUGCUCAAGAGGUGGCACUCCUCGAGCCGGAUCUCGCGCACGCCGUCAGGGUGCUCGGCGCGCUCCUCGCACGACGUCGGCGACGCUGGCGCCGGCUUCGCUCUGGAGAACUCGUGGAGGAAGGGCGUGGCUGCCUCGUCCGUCUUCGCCUUCGGCGGCGGAGGCACGGGGUCGGCGUCGUUCCACGGCGCCGACGGCGUGCCCCCGGGCCUCCACCCGGUGUACGUCGGCAAGUCGCGCCGCCGCUACCUCAUCGCCGCGGACCUCGUCGGCCACCCCCUGUUCCAGAACCUCCUCGACCGCUCUGGCGGCACCGGCGCCGGCGGGACCGUCGUCGGCUGCGAGGUCGUGCUGUUCGAGCACCUCCUCUGGAUGCUCGAGAACGCCGACCCGCAGCCGGAGUCGCUCGACGAGCUCGUCGAGUAUUAUGCGUGCUGAUCGCCUGCUCACGGUCACGUACGGCCAUGUCGGUCCGAUCCACGAUGCCGGCAGCGGCACCGAGCCGAGCUCGACGGCCGGAGUCAAGGGGUAAUUAAUUAAUCUGGUUCUUUUGUUUAAGGUUAGGGGGUAGAGUUGUAAUAGACUCAGGAUUGCGAGGGCAGGGAGUAAGACGUGUGGAGAUAGUUAACCUUGGGGUGUUUGUGGUAAUUAUCUCGAGAUAGCCCGUGUAAUUACCGUGCACCCAAGAGAAUGCUCUCCCGGGGCAGUUAAUUAGUCCUUGAUGUAAUGUAAUGGCUUGCAUGUUAAUUUCUUCUUCUGUUUCUUUGAAGCGUAAUUGAAUAAGAUUAGGAAUGGGUGUAUCCAUGUACAUUAUAUUUCACCAUUGUAUAUGAAGUCCGUCCUCAUUUCUUUGU